AUGACGAAGCAGCCGGAUGCGGAAGACAACACCAAUGUCACGUAUCAGUUUACCGGAGAAGAUCACACUCUGGGGAACGCCCUGCGGUAUAUGCUGAUGAAAGAUCCCGAUGUCGAGUUUGCCGGGUACACAAUACCUCACCCAUCGGAGCCCCAGAUGAACGUUCGAGUACAAGUCCACGCUGGCACGACAACGGAUGCUGUGGUGGAGAAAGCUUUGGACAACAUCUCAGCGGUUUGCGAUCAU